AUGGGGGCAGAACGAGCGGCCUACGGGAAGCACCCGACCUACCACGGAGUUCGGUGCCGCAACGGCAAGUGGGUGACAGAGAUCCGCGAGCCGCGGAAGGAGAGCCGAAUCUGGCUCGGCACAUACCCGACGGCGGAGAUGGCGGCCGUGGCCUACGACGUCGCCGCCUACGCGCUGCGCGGUGCUCAACUUCCCGGGCGAGGUUGCGUCGCGCCCCGCCCCAACCACGGCGUCCCCAGCCGCCAUCCGCGCGGCAGCCAAGGAUGCGGCUGCGUCGUUGCUGGGGAAGGCCAGGUUGCUGGUGAACAUGGCAGAGGGAAUGCUUUUGAGCCCACCAGCAUGGAGCGCGCACCACUCGCCGGAGGUCUUAGAAUGGGAGAGCCUGUGGAGCUAUCAAUAGUCCGUAAACCCUCCUUGCAUACGCAGAAUCGUCCAGUUUAG